AUGAAUGUAGAAGAAGAAAACUCAAAACUUCAACCACAUCUGUCAAUCAAAAAUGUCAAAAAGUCUCCGUUCCGAAUUAGUCAUGAAGCAAUGAGAAAUCAAUUGAAAAGUUUUGAAACGAUUUUAUUUGCUGUUCAUUCAAAUCUAAAUAAAUAUGAAAAGUGUCCACUUCAGAUUGUGGGAAAAACUUUUGAUGAGGAAUAA